AUGAACAUUGCAGUGCAGGCGGGAUUGAAGGUGGAUGAGGUGGCAGAGGCGCUGAAGCAUCUUCGAGCGGUGUGUUCGUUAGUCGGGUGGUCGGUUCAGCGUUCGGAGCACUUUGCCCAGCAGCUGCGCAUAUUGUUGCGGCGGGAUGAUGCACUCGUGCUUUGUCUGAUCGGUGAUUCGCCGACGCGGUGGGGGUCCACGUAUGACAUGAUUGCCCGAGUGUUGGAGCUGCAGCAGGCUCUGGCCCUAUUCCUCAUGAGGACGGACCUACGCGAACAGCUGGAUGGCCUUCGGCUGACCGACGUGCAUUGGGAGGCUCUCGUCGAGCUCAAGGAGUUCCUUGAGCCAUUCAACACCAUCACGAAGGCAGCCGAGGGUUCCUUGUACUCCACGGCUGCUUCAGUCGUGCCGUUGUACAACCAGUUGCUCGACAAGCUGGAGAUCUCCUCUCGCAAGGAGGGCGUCACUCCCCUCCAACAGGCUCUCGACUCUGCAACCCUCGCCAAGCUGAAGAAGUACAAGUACCGGGAGAAGGAAGAGUUGGUGAUUGCCACCUUCCUGGACCCCCACUACAAGACCGUCUUCUUCCACCUGCCGAAGUGGGAGGCGCGCAAUGCUGCGCACGUCACAAAGGUGGGGGGGUGUGCUAGGAGGGUGCAAGAUGUAGAUGAGGAAACAGUGAUACGGCUGGUGUGUGUGCGUUUGGCCAAGUACUAG